GGAUAUAUUUGUUUGUUCUUUCUUUUUUUGGUGCAGGAAAUGACGCAGCCUAGAAUGUACCAAGAAGCAGGGGAAGCAAGGCCCACUUUAUCAAGCAGCGAAUUCUUAGAAUUAUUCAAAGAAAUGUCAACAAGACCUGAAAUCUACUUCUUACUGGUUAGGUAUUCAAGUAGUGAGUUCAUGACCUUGGAUGACCUCAUGAUAUUCUUAGAAGCAGAACAAGGGAUGACUGGUGUUACUAAGGAGAAAUGUCUGUCUCUCAUCCAGCGGUAUGAGGUAUCUGAAGAGGGACGCCAGAGAGGAUACCUGGGUAUUGAUGGUUUCACAAGCUAUCUACUCUCAUCAGAAUGUGACAUCUUUGACCACCAGCAGCGGAGGGUCUGUCAGGACAUGACACAAUCACUAUCACAUUACUUCAUUGCAGCUUCUCAUAAUACGUAUCUAACUGAGGAUCAAUUGAAAGGACCAUCCAGUGUAGCAGCCUAUGUAUCAGCUUUACAGAAAGGCUGUAGAUGGGUGGAAUUGGAUGUAUGGGACGGUGCUAAUGAUGAACCAAUCAUCUACCACGGUCAUACACUCACAUCUAAGAUCCUCUUUAAAGCAGCCAUUGAAGCCAUCAACCAACAUGCAUUUGAAACAUCAGAGUAUCCGGUGAUCGUAUCAAUAGAAAACCACUGCAGCCCCGAGCAACAGAGAACCAUGGCGCACUACAUCACGUCUGUGUUUGGUGAUAAGCUUCAUACUGAACGGAUAGAUGAAGAUCUAUCCUACCUACCAUCACCUCAUGAUCUUCAAGGCAAGAUUCUGAUCAAGGGCAAGAGGUUACCUGAUGAUCAUGAAGGAGAUGAAGGUGAAGUGACAGAUGAAGAUGAGGGAUCAGACACAGACAGAGGAAAGAAGAUCAAGAAGUCUAGAUUUUUCUCGUUCAGGAGGCCAGAUGACCCAGACCUCAGGGUCAAAAGGUUACGAGAUAAAUUGACCCUGAAUCAGAUAAUGGCUUCUAUUGCUAAGGAUGGAGUUAAGAAGAGGGCAUUAAUACGAGAGUUAUCCGACCUAGUCACCCUAUGCAAAUCAGUUCGCUUUCUAGGAUUCAACGAAGCAAGACAAGAUCAGAGAUACUGGGAGAUCUGUUCUUUCGUUGAGAAUACAGCAGAGAAGUUUGCUAACAUGUGUCCCGAGGACUAUGUGAGCCAUAACAAGAGAUAUCUAUCCAGAGUCUACCCCAAUCCAAACCGAGUAGAUUCAACCAAUCUCAAUCCACAGGAUAUGUGGAAUGUGGGAUGCCAGAUAGUGGCUCUGAAUUACCAGACUCCGGGAUUAAUGAUUGAUCUCUAUGAUGGGAAGUUCCUGAUGAAUGGGAGCUGUGGAUACGUCUUGAAACCUGCCAUCAUGAGAGAAGAGAUCGCAUAUUUUAGACCCAACUCAUUUGAUGUGAUUCCUGGAGUAUCACCCCAGAUCCUACACAUUAAGAUCAUCAGCGGUCAACAGUUCCCUAAACCCAGAGGAUCAGGAUCAAAAGGAGAGGUGAUAGAUCCCUACAUCUCAGUGGAGAUCUUUGGUAUCCCAGCAGACUGCAAAGAAGAAAGGACGAAGACAGUACCUCAUAAUGGUUACAACCCAAUCUUUGAUGAGAGCUUUGAGUUCUCUGUCAAUCUUCCAGAGUUAGCCCUGGUCCGCUUUGUGGUCCUAGACGAUGACUUCAUUGGUGACGAGUUCAUUGGUCAAUACACCAUACCGUUUGAAUGCUUGCAACCAGGGUAUCGUCACAUCACAUUGCUGUCUAACACCGGGGAACCCCUGAAGCCAGCAUCUCUCUUUGUACACGUAGCAGUUACUAACAAGAGGGGAGGAGGGUGGCUUUGCCCUUGGGAAUGGAAGAAACCGACAAAGAGAGGAAUGUCUGUCAAGAAAUCCAAGAAAUCCCGAGAGUAUACCAGGAUGAAACCCAUUGGAGUCAAGGCUGUGGAUGAUGCAUUCAAGACUGCUUUCCAGCCGCUUCGUGAAGCGAUAGAUUUACGAGAGAACAUUCAGUGUGCUAUGAUAGGCUUCAAGGAGUCAUGUGGUCUGGCAUCGAUGGCUAACCUCAAGCAGUGUGUCAGAUCAUUGUUCAAUCGUUUAGCAAAGACGACUGAACCAGUCUCAUUGAUGGUUGAGAUGGAAGGAGAUUCAACGGUGCUCAGGCUAGAAGGAAAUACACCUAAUGUACUCAGGAAAGCAAUAACAGCAUACACUGCACUUGUAGAAGAAUGCAAGAAGCUGACGGAGCAAGCAGAAGGGAUCUCAGUCAGACUAGAUGAGGCACAUACAGCAGGCAUGCAAUAUCAUGACAAUUUGACUGAGCUCCUUAGUAAAGAAGGCAUCAAGGGACGUAAGCUAACAAGAUCAACAGAGAACUUUUCUUGGAACAUCCGGGUUUUGAAAGGUCAGAAAGAGAUCAUCAUGAGUGCUAAGGAUGAAUGCCAGGAGUGGAUGAAACAGGUGUAUGAGACAGCAACGUCACUAAAGCAGGCACAUGAGGGCGAUAUCCAAGAAGACGAAGAUGAAAGUAGAUGAUCCUUUAUUCCUGAUAGAGGGCAGUGUUUACAUCUGUUGUAAAGAAAACUAUACAAACUUUGACCCUCGAACUAAUCUGAAUCAAGAUGCUGGUGGUAGCCAUGGUUAUCCGCAGGCUGUCCUCUUGUCGUGACCUUUGACCUUGCAUCAGCUGUAAAGCUACUUGGAGCCAUGGUAGUCCACAGGAAGGGACCUCUACUCUCUAUGACCUUUGACCUCUGAACUGAUAUUG